AUGAACUCUCCUAUGCAGGCUCUCAAACGGAAGAGUUCAGUAGCAAACGCAACCUCCCAGAAUAAAUGCAAAGCAGUACUACUUUUGUCGGCGGCCACUGUGUUACUCGAUUGUGACGAGGUCAUUUCGGCGGAGAAGACGUUGCUGAUUGUGCUUAGUUACUUAGGCACGAGAGCCACAAUGUACCAGAUUGCGGAUCGCUUUGACAUAACAGAGUCGUCCGUUCACAUCUGCAUUGAAAAAAUGCUGAACUUUAUGAACGAUAUCAGCGCGCAAAUAAUCACCUGGCCUGACCAGGAAAGACGCCAGAGGAGCCAAGCCGGCUUCCUGAGGAAGACUAAGGGGAAAUGGCCCCACAAAACGGUCGGGGCGAUUGAUGGAUGCCAUGUAGAAAUUCUGCGACCAACGGAGUCUCCGCACUCCUACUACAAUCGGAACAAGUUUCAUUCCAUUGUUUUGCAGGGUACCUGCAAUGAUCAGAAUCGAUUCAUCGACGUCUACAUCGGGUUCCCCGGUUCAGCGCACGACGCCCGCGUCCUCAAGGAAAGCCCCGUCUUGGAGGACGCGGAAGCCAAGUGUGCGGGUGGGUACCUGCAGGGGGAUUCGGCUUAUCCCCUGCUGCCAUACGUCACGAUUCCCAUCAAGUCUUCAAAAGCGGGCCUGCCGACCUGGAAGACUACGUAUAACAUGAAGCACUGUCAACAGAGAGUGACAAUCGUAAACACUUUCGGGCUGCUCGAGCAGCGAUUUCAGAGAAUGUACUUGGUCGACAGUGCCAGCAUCAGACAGUGCUGCCUUGUCGUUAUGGCCGCCUGCGUGCUCCACAACCUCUGCAAUGCAGAGUGA